CCCCCCUCUCUCUCUUCCCCCUUCUUCUCCUUCCCCAACCAAUCAGAAGAGAGAUUCUGAGAGCGAUUGGGGAUGCGUGGUGAAGGAUGCUUUCGCUUUCCUCUCGCUCUAUAAAUUCCGCGGGGAAGAAUAAAGAAAGAAUUGGAGGUGGUGGGGUGGGGGAAGAAAAAAAAAAAGAAUCCCCCAAAUUUCACAGCAGCUGAGGCUGAGCUAGGCGAAAGAGAGGAGGGGAGGGGAACGGCGAUGUCGUCGUGGAACUCAGUGGGGCUGGAGGUGCUGUACCAGGUGCUGGGGUGGGUCGCCUUCUUCGCCUGGUCCUUCAGCUUCUACCCGCAGGUCUUCCUCAACUACAGGCGCAAGAGUGUGGUGGGCCUGAACUUUGAUUUUCUGGUGUUAAACUUGACAAAGCACUCAUCGUACCUCAUAUACAAUGCCGCUCUAUUCUUCAGCCCCUUCAUCCAGAGACAGUACCAUGAGCAGUAUGGUGAUAAAGAGAUGAUUCCUGUUGCGGCAAAUGAUGUUGCUUUUUCUGUACAUGCGGUUACCUUGACAGCUUUUACUCUGUUUCAAGUAUUCAUCUAUGAGCGAGGAAACCAGAAAGUCUCCAAAGUGUGCGUAUCAAUCACUGCUAUUGUGUGGGUAGCUGCUAUUGUUUGCCUAAUUGUAGCUUGGCCAAAAAAUAACUGGCUUUGGCUUAUUGAUGUGUUCAAUUCGAUACAGGUUGGAAUGACAGCAAUCAAGUACAUACCUCAGGCUGUCAUGAACUUCAAGCGGAAGAGUACAAUUGGUUGGAGUAUUGGCAAUAUUUUACUUGAUCUUACCGGAGGGGUGCUGAACUUUGGCCAGAUGGGUGUGCAAUCAAUAGAUCAACACACACUGGUGAAUUUCUAUGGAAAUAUUGGGAAAACCCUUCUUUCACUGGAAGUUGUUUUCUUCGAUAUUAUAUUCAUAAUUCAACACUAUGUGCUGUACCCUGUCAAACGAGAUGAGAAUGGUAAGGCUAUCAUUUCUGAAAGGGUAGCUCCUCUUAUCAGGCCUUCAGACAAGCCUGAAGAAGAUAAUGUAUGAUAUACCUAUUGUAUUGCACAUUGUAUGGCCGCCUUGUUUCAGUGUCGUAGCCAACUAUAUAUCCAUUCUUCAAAUUAAAUAUAACACAUACAUUUUCAUGUAUUGAAAAACUAAAUUCUGUACAUCUAUUUACGGAUUAAUGUAAAAAUGUAGAUAGAACAGGCCUCGACAUCAAUCUUGCAACAGGAUUUAUGAUUAUGUAAGUAUAGUUAUAAUAUCUCUCACGGAUUUG